ACAAUUACGCGGCGUAUGAGCAGCACCCACUCAACUCGGCCACUACUUGCUUGAUAUACGUACAAUUUGUUACAUCAGUCGACGCGGAUCGCUCGGUCUAAUAGCGCGUCCGAUAUCCGCUUCGUUUGCAAAAAGUGAAAAUGAUUGCAAUUCGUGCUACGUGUGUGGUACUCAUUUGUACACUGGCGAUUUCAAAAGCCGAAUCCAUCGAUCCGCUCUCCCAGGCCUUCAUAGAUAUUAUCAACUCCCGACAAUCGACAUGGCGUGCUGGCAGAAAUUUCCCGUUAUACAUGACGUUAAAAACCAUCAAGCACAUGAUGGGAACUUUCCCAGAUACUAACUUAAUGAACAUGCUAAAUAUCGAAUAUGAUCAAGAACUAAUAAACAGUUUACCAGAAAGCUUCGAUCCUAGAGACAAAUGGCCGAAUUGCCCCACUUUAAAUGAAAUCAGAGAUCAAGGAUCCUGCGGUAGUUGCUGGGCAUUCGGAGCGGUGGAAGCGAUGACGGACCGAUACUGUAUCUUCUCAAACGGCACGAAACAUUUCCAUUUCUCCGCAGAAGAUUUACUGAGCUGCUGUCCUGUUUGCGGGCUCGGGUGCAACGGCGGCAUGCCUACAUUGGCUUGGGAGUAUUGGAAACAUUUUGGAUUAGUAUCAGGAGGGAGCUAUAAUUCUUCUCAGGGCUGUUUACCUUACCAAAUAGAACCGUGCGAGCAUCACGUCCCUGGGAAUAGGAUGCCAUGCAGCGGUGACAAGGGUACGCCAAAAUGCGUAAGAGCGUGCCGCAAGGGUUAUCCGUCUACCUACAAACAAGACAAAAGAUACGGGAAACACGUGUAUUCUGUUAGAAAUGGAGAGGAACAUAUAAAAGCUGAAAUUUUCCAAAAUGGUCCGGUUGAAGGUGCAUUUACAGUGUACGCAGAUUUGCUAGCUUACAAAAGUGGUGUGUACAAGCAUGUCACAGGUGAGGAACUGGGUGGCCACGCUAUCAAGAUUAUGGGAUGGGGGGUCGAGAAUGGAAACAAAUAUUGGCUUAUCGCGAACUCUUGGAACUCAGAUUGGGGAGACAAUGGCUUCUUUAAAAUCCUUCGCGGAGAAGAUCAUUGCGGAAUCGAAAGUUCGAUAGUUGCUGGCGUACCGUUAAUAGUUUAAAUAGAUAAUAACUUAGGUAUUAUUAAUUCUUUUUAAUUAAAAGGUUAAAUUUAUUAUAGGCCACUAAAGUGUAACGAAUUUACCAAAAAUAAACUGUUUCUCUGAAA